CACUAAUGUUUUAUCUCGCAUUUUUAUCUUUUUUCUCUCUUUAUUUGUAUAUGUCAUCCUCUGUCUACCUACUUCAUUAUAUUUUCAUGCAAAAUGACAUUUCCGUCGUGUAACGGGAGAUACACGGUGGUACGGUCGUCGCAUUGGUUCAGGAUCCGAAUAAUGCGCGAGAACAGUUUCGGACGUUCGAAACUCGUCGAGUCUUGAGGCACAAGUGUCAUGCGUCAGAAACGAUUACGCUGCUUUCGACAAUUAUUAACGGGACCGACGUGAAUCACGCGUAAUCACACGUAUUCAACGUACGCAACGCGACGCGACGCGACGCAACGCAAAUUGUUUUUCAGGAGUCGAAAUAUAUCAUGGAGUUGUGCAUUUAGCGUCGAGAUCUGAACGUCAUCGAUCAUCGCUCGUCGAGCAAGAAUCGCAUCUCUCAUUAUGAAGGUUAUUAAUGUCGAUUGACGUUGAUGGAAUCGAGUGUGCGGUUAUUAGAGAUCGGAUAGAAGAACUGUUUGGUGAAUUCACUCGGUGGGAACGGGACGAUCGAAACCACGUCGUCGCACCAUGGAGAAGUUCGUGAUCGAUUUGGAUAAAGUGCUCAAUGAUUUCGAAUUUAACGAAGAUUGCGCAGAGCAGGUAACGUCGGUUGCGGCUUCUAUGAUCGAUGCCUCGUCUGCGGAGAAUCUCACCAGCGAGUCUGUGCCGCCGAAGACAUACAGCUUCAAUCCUGAGAAGAAUAUUGCGAUCGACGUGAUACCUUCCUUCGAGAAACACAGAGAUACCCGGCCGAUAGACAUCGAUUGUAGGCAUUCGUUCAGUGAAAGAAGCGUAGCGUCGGCAUCGGACGGCAGAGAUCUCAUAAACAAUUUCCCUACGCACGAUCAUGUCACCGACAACAAGGCAACGGGACAGAAGCUGUGCAUACUCUCUCGCACUUCCGAUCAGGUGUCUUCGAUGAUGUACAAUGACAUAUCACACAAUCUGGCGCAGAAGCCGCCAAGCAGCGACUCGAAAGACGGCGACAGAUAUGACAAGAAGCUGAACCAGCCAAAUAUCAAGCCCAGCAUCAGCAACGUGUUUAACAGCUUGAACGAGUACAUUAAUGCGCCCACUAGGAGCUUGGACUACGUUGAGCCUGUGCUCGACAAGACGGACGAUCUAGCCAAAGUGCCCGUAGAUACCAGCACUGUGAAGAAGGACUUUAGAUCGAGCAAGGCGAUCAACAAGGACGCAACUGCGAAGGAAAAAGAAACGACUGAUGCGAUCGACACAAGUGCCGUGGAUUACAGAGACAAUCCGCCAGUAAAAUUAGGCGCGUUCCUCGAGAUUGAGACUGGCGACAAGCGCGAUCACGCGAUAACAAAUAUUGCGCCCAUUAUGCAGCAUCCCAUUCUGAUGCAGCCUGAGAGGGAUAACGGCGAUGUCUCGGCUUUCACAUCAAGUGCAGCCGUUCUGAAACACGACAAUGCUGCUGUAAAUAUAGAAGUAUCGAAUAAUGAGGCAGCUGUUAGCGAAAGGGCCACGCUUAGCAGCGGCGCAUUGUCCGAGGAAAUUUCCAAAAAUACAAUUGAUAAAGAAAACCAAUUAGAUUCGAGGAUUCAAGAUCCGGUUAGCAAAUGUAUACUCGUCGAUAGUAAGGAGGACGUAAUAGAAUGUCCGAAAUUCGAUAGGAAUAUAAUGAACAACAGAAGUGAUAACGAGGAGGCGGCCAAGUGUUAUGACGUUCUCUCCAGUGUGCAUGAGACGCACACAAUCGAUGUCACGUGCGAUGAUUUUUCUGAGAAAGAGCUCAAUCGAUAUCUAUUAGAGCUGGAAGAGGAAGAGGAGGAGAGAGCCAAGACGCGAAAUACGUUGUGCGCGGAUGACGCUCCGUCAUUGUCAACAUUAUGCGACGACUCGAGAGACGCCAAAGCAAAGCCCGCGAGUCAACGUGAGCGAGAUGACGAGGAUAUCAACGAAGCGCCAAUAUUCGAGAAAAUCAUGAUCGGUGAGCUUCCAAAAAUCUCGGAGGAGGUGUUCCAGGAGAAGGCGAAGAAAUUUCCCGUAAUCGAUUACGGCACAAGCGCGAAGUUUGACGAAAACGUAAACGUUUUUGCGAGGAGGACGGAUCCACGAGAGUUUAACGAUACGGCGAAAGUCGUGUCGAAUGAGAGAGGCGAUCAAUUAAAACGCGUAGAAAAUAACGAGCUGAGUAGAGCGAUAAAAGAUAACGAUGCAACUAGGCCAGUCAGUCAAGAUGUAACGGCGCAUCAGAAUACAGCGAGAGAGCCACAAGCCACGUCCAGCAUUAUCGUUAGAGAGAAAGCUGCGCUGAAGCCCGAGAAUGUUGAGGAGCAAUAUGAUACGAGCCACAACAUGUUAAGUACGAUACAGAAUAUUAAUAUAGGUACGCAAUCACAGGGUAACGAUGACGACGUCGUCAAAAAUUUACUGGAAAGUCGUAACGAGAGGGUACACUGCCGAGAUAUUACGGAGAGCAACAAAGAAGACGUUCACGAUAAGCGAACACACGACGGUAAUGCGAUUUCCAAGACGGAGAUUGUAUCUAAGAUCGCUGAUGUUUCUGCAGUCCCUCAAGUGGAUGAAAAUGGCCAGGAAGCUGAAAAGCCGUCUCGCCCUCAGACACUGGACAUUGUCUCAACGCACAAUAAAGAUUCUCAUGUACUUGAAUCUUCGAGUGCCACAUCUGGAGAAGCUGAACCCUCAGAAACGGGACCUGUUGUUGAAGAAGAUCGGGGCGUUUCGUCAGAUGUUUCUGAUAAUUCUUUAAUAGAAUGUAACACAGUCUUAGGGAAGCAACCACCGUUCUGGGUUCCGGAUAGCGAUGCACCUAGCUGUAUGUUGUGCGACGUUAAGUUUACCGUACUUAAAAGGCGUCAUCAUUGUCGUGCUUGUGGCAAGGUGCUGUGCAACAAAUGUUGCAACAUGAAAUUCAGAUUGGAGUAUCAGGGGAACAUCGACUCUCGCGUUUGCGUUUCGUGUUAUCAUGUACUCAUGAAAGCAGAGAGCGAACAGGGGACGGGCGACUGGCCAACCGGUUAUAAUUCAUGCGCUGGUUGUAGUGACGUCAAUUCCCCGCAGGGGAGACAGCCUAAUCCAAAUAAUCCCAUGGAGUACUGUUCAACUAUACCACCCUUGCAACAGUUAGCCGGCGGCCUACCACCACCGCCAACAGUGAUGGUGCCCGUGGGCGUUCUGAAGCGGGAAGGCUCGAAGCACCGCGCGGAAGGACAAAAAUCUGUGAUGUUCAGUGAUGGAAUAAGGCCUGGCUGUGACCUGACAGAGCUGGACACGUGUUGGGAUCCCAAGCCGCCAUACCGCAAACAGGGAAACAAGCGGGUUCUCGCGUCAGGAUCUGCAUUGGCCGAUACCGCGAUGAGAAGGCAGAGUCAUCCCCCUCUGGACAACGUGACCAACAGCUAUAUACCGCAUGAUCCUAAUUUAUUGCCUCCUACCGUCACCAUACACAAAGGCCAAAUCACAUAUCAUCCACCUAUGGACGAGAACGCGCUUUAUAAGACAUUGAAGAACGAGUGCGAGCCACCAGUAAUGUUCGCAAUUAAUCGGAAUCUCUAUGCAUAUGUAAAAAUAACUAAUUUGAAUUGUUGCGUGAACAAGAUUUGCUGGAACGUAACGUCAAGAGGUCUCGCCUGCGUCGGUCAAGAUGAAAUUAUAUUAUUAGUUGAAGUGCUGCCGGAUGAAACACGGAUCCCGAAGGACCUUCUCAUAUAUAUUAAUCAGCUGUAUUUUGAAGCUAUUAAGGGUAACACGAUGACGGAACUGGGAUUUUUAGUAUACCAAGGUGGCAAUCUGUUGGGCUCGCGCGAACACACAGGGUUUCUCUUUAUUCGUCAAACGUUACAGUGUUUACAGAAGAUUAUUUUACCACCAGCACCUUUCCUGAUUGGGCUCUUAGUUCAUAGGUGGGAAACUCCGUGGGCUAAGGUGUUCCCGUUAAGGCUUCUUCUACGUCUCGGCGCGGAAUAUCGUUAUUAUCCUUGUCCAUUGGUAUCUGUUCGUUUCCGGGAUGCGUUGUACUUCGAGAUUGGACACACCGUCAUGAAAGUAUUAGCGGAUUUCAGGAACUUUGGAUACACUUUACCUGGUGUGCGAGGUCUGACGAUUCAUCUUAAGAAUCGAACGACGGACGUUAUGUUUCCCAGGAAUCGAUACGAUCAAGUCAUAAAGGGGCUCCAUAACUCGAACGACCACGUGUUGGCUUAUGCAUCGAACUUCAGUAUAGCUGCAGACUCGCAUCUGGUUUGCAUACAGACGAACACAGGUGACGAGAGCAGUUACCAGACGCAAGCGAUAAACAUUCACAAUAAACCAAGAACAGUAACCGGAGCCAGUUUUAUCGUUAUCAAUGGUGCUUUGAAAUCAUCAAUGGGACUUUCUGCCAAGUCUAGUAUCGUAGAGGAUGGAUUAAUGGUAGAAAUAAUGCCGGAGAAGAUGGAAUCCUUGAAGGCUGCUCUGAAAAAUAUGCAGGACUUUUCAAUCGGCUGUGGACGCCAGGGAGCGUCAGAACCGGACGAGACCGUGAACAUAAAAUGGGUCGACAACGAUGUGCAGUUCAACUUGGGAGUUAAGAGUCCCAUUGAUGGGCAAUUGAUGGAUGGCAUACCGUCUAUUAGAGUGCACAAUGGUACCGACUACAAAGGGACGACCCGAUUUAUACGCUGGACGGAAGUGUUUAUUAUAAAAUCAGAUGAUCAUUCAAGUGGCGUGAACGAUCCCGUGGAUAUAAACAAAUUGUCGGGGAGCAUAGCAAAGGCGACGUGCGCAGCGCUGGUCAAGUUGUUGGACCUUCUGGCGACGGCGGGUUUAACGAAGCUCGGUGUACGGGCAACGAUCCAUCCAGACAACGUGGGCUACGAGGCCGGAAGCGAAGGUACAAAAUUGCCGCCGAUCUACAUGAAGAGCUUGGAUAACGAGUUGAUUCAGGUUUUACACAAAGCCGCACAGAGUAGUCAGGACGCUCAUACAGUACUGGAAUUGAUAUUCUUCGUAUUAGAGGAUUGAAUAGAAGAGAAAAGGAGGCAAAUGUGAUGGAAUAAUUAGUGAAACAGCGAGCGUAUAUUCCAUAUUUUGUAAUGAUUGAUAUUUAGGAUAGUAUCGAAUGACUUUGAUUCAACGUGCAAUUUUGCGUAAUAUUACGGCACAGUGAUUACAUCGUUUCUAUGUUUACCUUUAAUCGCAUACAAUUUGUUUUGUAAUUUAAAAUGUAUUAUUUUUCUAGUUUUUCCGUAUAUUGCGAUCACGAAACAAGCAUUUUUGAUAUUGUUUUAAAAUCCCACGACGAAUUAUUGAUGUAAAGAAUCUUUUGUAUCAAGCAUCGACGAGCGGGAGGAGGUAACGAAAAUGAUGUUCGGAGCAACGUUGGGUGUCUGUGAGGAGAAGCCUCACUUCAACUUCUUCGUUUGCAAGGAAAGCAGUAUUGAAUGAAUUUAUGUACAGGAGUGUAUAACUUAUUUAUAACAUGUAUAGUCAAUUUGUAGAAUAAUAAUAUGAAUUUAUGUAUCGCUUGUUACUUUUGUUUCGUUAUGCUAAUUAUGCUAACGAUGCGUUUUCUCUGCAAAUGAAAAAUAAGAAGAUGAGGAUAACGCGCGUUAUACGAUAAUGAAUUGCGUUCGCAUUGUGAUUCGCUGUGAUUAAAGAUUUAUCGAUCGUGGGAACGUCGGUUUUGCGAUUGAUUUAAUUAAGACUCGAUCGAUGUAAUUGACACGUUGCUGGCCGCUCAGGGAGAUCUCUCUGUUUCAAAACGGAUCAUUGAACGAAAUUUGAAUUUAGUUCUCCAACAAUUGAAUCUAGAGAGACGUGAUGGAUUCUGAAUUUUAUAUGAUUUGUGAUUUGUAUGAUUCAUCGCCAUGCUAGAAAUUAUCAGUUUAAAUUAGGACAUUGUCCUUGCGUGUCAUGAAUUCAUGGACGCCCGGAGCGGGGGGCAAGGAGGGGCAAUUGCCCCCCCUGGAAUUGAAAAAUUGCAAUGUUAAAAUUCUAAGUCAUAAGCAAAAAACGAAAAGAAAAGAAAACAAAUAAAUAAUACACAUAAAUUAUAUAUCUGGUAUAAUAAGUUUCGAAAUGAAAAUUUUCCUUGUUUUUUACUUGAGUUUCCUAUUUUUAGAGAGACCUUAAGGUUUUGCCCUCCCCCUUGAAUUUUUUUCUGCGGGCGCUCACGGUCAUGAUGUUUACACUCAGGCGGUUGGCAGUGUGUUAAGGUUUCAAUCUUUGGAACAAUAUGUAAUAGGUAUUGUCGAUUUUUUUUUAGAGAGAGAGAGAGAGAUUAAGUAUUAUAUUUUGAAUAAAUAAUUUUACAUAAACAGAUCUGUACGUAAAGAUAUUUUUUAGAAGAGAGUCUCAUGAACGGACAUUUUUAUUCGAUAUUGUAAUCAAACUGCUAUAUAGAAUGUUAUAUUUAUUGCCAAAGACUUACGCAGAAUGUAUUCUUUGUUAAUGUAAAUAUCUGUUCUCAAUUGUGUGUUUUGUAAAGUAAACGGAGAUAUGUACACGUUUUUAUUUAUAAUUUGCAGCAUUUUCAUAUAAGAUUUUCUUAUAAUAUUAUGGAUGCUAAUAUAUUGGUUCAAAAUGGCAAUUGUUGAACGGCUACUCAAGCUCACAGACGAAUUGCCGUACGAACGUAAUGGAAAUGCGCGCGCAAGGGAACUAAUUCGCGAAUAUUAUUCCCAUCGAGGAGCAUAUACUUCUCCAUCGAUAAUAUUUUAUAUAUAGCGAGUCCUUUGCGAGUGGCACGAGGACGACUUGUGUAACGCAGUACUGUAAUGUAAUUAUUACUGUAUAUUUAUUGUUGUAUAAUAAAAUACCGUGUUAAAUACAUAUACACACAACACGUACACACAUGUACACAUCCAUAUAUACAUAGAGCUUGUGUUGUCAAGCGAACAGCGUCUCGUUAUUCGACUUUAACUGAAUGAUCGACGUGUAUCCGUGCGCUACCCCCGUAUUUGCACGUAUAAGGAUGUUAAUAAAAUAUUUUGUUACAA